CGUGUUCCUCAUCAGCCCCCCCAAGCGAUCCGGCCCAUCCAUCCAUCCAUGUGUCACUCAUUCAAGUGGUCUUGUCGACGCCCAUGUGCCGAAGGUCAUCUUCUGUUGCGGGCGGUGCAGACGGAAUCAGCAUCCUCACCCUGUCCUCAGCCUCCUUCCGCCACCCAGGGAACAGAACCGCCACACAGAUCAGCGCCAUAACCGUCACCAGCACCAGAAACAACAGGAUGGACAGCCCCGUCACCAGUGCCAGCAGCUCGGGAUUGAGAAGCAGGGGCAGCAACAGACUCAGCAGCAGCAGGGCGCCGACAACCGCACAGGCGACGCAGCAGCACAUGGCAGGCCGUCGGCUGUGCUGGGAGUGAGGAAUCGUCGGAGCUGCAUCCACAGGCACACGCACACACACAGAGAGAAAUCCGGGGAUCAUGCGCUGCUUGUUUUUGUCUGCUGCCUUACCGAUGGCACGUUGGAAUGCAUCGACCUUCCAGUCUAGCUUUGCCUUCUCGCGGUAGCUCUCCAGCUGGAGAGCGACACUCUCGGCCAUGCCAUCAUGGGCUUGGGCGGCAAAUUUCUAUCAGGUCUUCCCUCCCUGUUUCUCGUGGCCUCAGAUCUGCAGCCUUCGCUGUCAG